GGCGGCGGUCGCGAUAUUCGAAGGAUUGCGCGCGACAAAAGCAGCGUUUUCUGCAUCGCUCCCAUGUGAGAGAGAGGAAGAUCGCGGAGGAGACCCUGCAGCGGAGAUCCCAGCUCCACCGCCGGAGCCAAGAGCCAGACCUCCAUCGCGACAUGUCACCUGCACCCUCGCCAUUCACCCUUCUCUUCGUGCACUGAACAGCUUGUCUAGGCCAUGGCGACCGCAUUCCCGCGCACAUAUUGACCCCUUCCCAUGAUGCCAACGGUGGCUUAAUGCCAGCACAACCUCUCGGCUUGCGGAGGCGGCUACAUCUCUGAGAUCAUGACCCGGCGCAUCGUCCGGACGGGCGUCCAGCUCGGUCUACUCGCAUCUAUUGUCUUCCUACUCGUAUUCUUCCUCGACAACCGCUACCGCGUGCUCCCCCAGUCCAUCCACAGUCACCUACCGCUCCACCACGAAGGCCUGGUUAUCACCGAUAUUACCGUCCAAACCUGCUCAACCCUCAACCCCAUAUCGAAAUGCAAACUUGACCAGGACAAGUGGCACCGGGUGGAGAAGGAUCUCUAUCUCGGCACAGGCUGGGUCUCAAAGGCAUACGUGCAUAUCAAGCGCAAGAAAGAGGAGGAACUCACAGAUGAAGAUAAGGUCAUCAUAGACGUGCGCACAGGAAAAAUGGAUCCUGCAAUGAAUGAAAAGUCUCAGGCGUCCGAGAAGUGGGAAUCUCGUCCAGCAGGCGUCUGGAUCAAGCGGUCCGCGAAACGUCACACAAGCGACUCGAGGAAGGCUGUCACGGCGGUCGAUGUAUUGUUCGGGUCAGACGCAGCUGAUCCACGCCCCGGCUGGGAACUGGUCCAGAACGGAGCCUUGCGUUUAGACACCGGUGGCGACAACAAGGAACCGCGGCUUACUAUUCGAAGGGGACAGCCCCACAAGAUAGAAAAGCCAGUACCACGAAUCAGGAAGGACGGCAAAUUCAAGAUCCUUCAGGUGUCCGACCUCCACCUCAGCACCGGACUUGGUACAUGCAGAGACCCAGAACCAAAAGAGCACAACGGCGGUCAUUGUGAUGCCGACAUUAGAACCCUUGAAUUUGUGGAAAGGGUACUCGACGACGAGAAGCCGGAUCUCGUAGUAUUGUCCGGUGAUCAGGUUAAUGGCGACACCGCCCCAGAUGUCCAAACCGCUAUCUUCAAGAUCGUCGACGCGCUCGCGGAGCGUAAAAUACCUUAUGCUGCCAUUUUCGGCAACCACGAUGACGAAGGCACCCUUUCGCGCUCCGCUCAAAUGUCGCUAUACGAAUCCCUUCCCUACUCCCUUUGCGAUGCGGGUCCCAAUACCAUCGAGGGCGUCGGCAACUAUUAUGUCGAGAUCCUUGCUCAUGGGGCCAACAAGCACUCAGCUAUCACGCUGUACUUUCUUGAUACCCACAGUUACUCACCGGACGAGGCUCAUUUCAAGGGCUACGACUGGAUUAAGCCGAAACAGAUUACCUGGUUCAAGGAUACUGCUGAAAGGCUGAAAGAGUCACAUGCCCAUUAUACCCACACCCAUCUGAACAUGGCCUUCAUCCACAUUCCCCUGCCCGAAUACGGUAUAAAGGAGAACGAAUAUGUCGGCACCUGGAAAGAGCGAGUCACCGCUCCCGGUUUCAAUACGCACUUCAAGGACGCUUUAGUGGAGCAAGGCAUCAAAGCAGUCUCCUGCGGGCACGAUCACGUCAAUGACUACUGUAUGCUCUCUAAGGACCCAAAGAGUGGUGAGGGCGAGCUGUGGAUGUGCUAUGCCGGCGGCAGCGGCUUCGGAGGCUACGGAGGGUAUGAAGGCUACCAUCGCCGACUUCGGGUCUUCGAGAUCGACACCAAUCAGGCCCGCAUAUCAACCUGGAAGAGACUUGAAUACGGCGACACUGGCUCAAGGCUUGAUGAGCAGGUCAUCGUGGACUCUGGGAAAGUACUUCCUCCUCAGAGUCAGUAACAACCAUAUAAGACACUAUAGCACGGGGACAGGAGUUCAUGGGUAUCUAGGUAUUCCGCACAGCAAGGCGUUUCAGGUGUUCGAAUAAGGAUACAAUCAAGUUUGGUUAUGGGAUCGAGGACAUACCCGGAAAAUGGGGGCCUGUUUCGUUGGUAAUUCUAUUUCGUAUCCCUUUUCCAACCAUCACGGAUGAAAAAUGGGGUUGGUUGUCAAA